AUGAGUUGGGUAGAAUUGAAGGCUCGUCGUUUAUUGGAAUCUUGGUUGAAAUGGAAAAAUUCAAAUGAAUUAUUGACAUUUGCCUAUCAUGCAGCAGUUCUUCUAAGUAACUCGAAUCUUUGGUCUAUCGAAGUCGCCACAAUAAUGUGUGAUAUUUUAUGUUGUGAUAAUGAUCGUUUUCGUCAUCGAGUUGAAAUAAUUUUCAGAUUAUCAAGUGAUAAAGAUGUUCGUACAAGUUCAACAUUGGGUAUUAACGUCUUAUUGACUUUGUUUAAGAAAAAUAUUCAUUAUCAGUUAACUUCAACAUCUGCUAGACUUACACUAAAUCGAAUGAUAGUAAAUACAACUCUAGAUAUGCAAUUUCAUCUAGAAACGAUACUUUGGUUAGAAAGAUACAGAAUUCAUGCAUUAAUAAAUCCUGAAUAUUGCCUCAACAAACCAAGACCAUGCGCAAAAUCUUAUAUAUCUUCCUAUUUUUCAACCGAUAUCUCAAUUGAUGCAUGCUCUUGCGUUAAUUUAUGUCGACUGUCUAAUGAUUUGGUAAUAUAUAUGUGUGAUAUGAUUGCAUCGGGUUUCUUUGUAUUUUUGGAGAUCGACGGAGAUACAACAUCUGAUGAAGUUUUAGAAAGUCACACUCAAUUUAUUGCUUCAGUAAUUUUGACACUUUUUAACUCAAUGAAUUCUAUUGAUGAUGCACGCCAUUUAGCAGUCGACGCUCUUAUGAAUUUAUUUGAUACGUCCGAAAAAGAGGCAGUUCAUCAAGCAAUAGCGUAUACCCUUGGUUAUGUAUGUAACGAGCAAACACAUAAAACCUUACUUGAUAGAAUUCUAUUGGCAAUGACCACCGACGGUGAUGAAAAUUCUACCUAUUCCAAUAAUGUUUUGAUUGCAUUAACUUCAAGUUAUGCUUAUUGUGUAUGUAUAAACGAAAUUGCAUUUGAUAAAGACGACAUGGACUUAUUCUGUAGUUUGUUAAAACACUCGUCUCAGGAUGUUGUGAGAGCAGCUCGUACAGGACUUGCUCGUGUUCGAAAAGAUACAUCAUUUCUAGUUGAAUCGCUUGCUUUUGAUCAUAUUCAAUGUUAUCAUGCAUUGAUUGGAGCAACUGCAUACUUGUUUCUUUAUGAUGUUCAACAAAGCAGUGAAAAUAAUGUUGCAGAUUUUAUUGAGAAAAAUCCAGAUCUUUUACUAAUCUUUAUUGUUGAAUUAUACAACAGCAUUCGUCAUUUUACUACUAAAGUUGUACCAGUGGCUGACAAUAAUUAUGUUUUAGCUUAUGCAUAUCCUCAAUAUGUGAAAGUCGCCAGUUUAAUCGCUGUACGAAUGCCUGCAGCAUUUUGUGCUUUUAUUAAGGAUUGGAGUGAUGGAGAUAAUUUGAAACGUGCAUUGUUUUAUACUAGCAAACAACAUAAUUUUCCACAACGUGCUGCUUGUCUAACUAUUCUAUCGCUGUUAGGCGAGUUAACUGUCGAUUUAUGUGAGAUGUUCACUGAAGCUUUACGUGAUGAUCCACAUAUUCAAAAUACUUGUUACAAAUGCAUAACGCAUAUUCGUUCUAUUAAAGAUGAACAAGUCGUUUUUAAUCUUUUAUUUUCUUAUUUGAAAUCGAACUCAAUGAAUGUUCGAUAUAUUACAGCUAAGCUACUUCUUCGUCUUUCUCAAUUAUCUCUUAUUUCAUUUCAACAAGUUCAAAUAAUAUUGAAUGAUGCUAUGUUAGAUCCUAGUUCUAAUGAAGAGCUAUGGUUAAUUGAAGAACAAGACGGUGUUUGGAUAAAGUGCAUAUAUUACUAUGCUGGUUCAUUGAAAGAUGUUAUUUAUUCCCUUCUCGUUCAACAAAUUAUUGGUGAUGCAAGUGAACCUGUUCGAAGAAAUCAAUUCAAUGAUAUUGAUUUCAAUUUCAUUGAAUCUGAAAAAUCAUCACGUUUAGCUUCAUGUCUUUAUGAAACUCAAACUAAUCAAGAUGCAGAACCUGAGAACUCAACAGCACCGACUGAUUUAAAUGACGAUAGUGACGGCUGA